AUGCCUCACCGCUUGAAGACUACUUGGGCCAUGCUCAACCCUUCCUCCUCCGCUCCUCGCUCCCCAACGACGCGGCCUCCCCCACCAUCGUCCGACAAUUCGGAUCGCUCCUCCUCACCACCUCACUUGACAUCACCGCCACCUUCCCCGCCGUCGUUCGACUCAUCGGACCUCGAGGUCAACCUCGAGGAUGAUCCGGAUCGGGAGAGCGAUUCGGAAGAGGAGGAUUUGGCGAUGGCUCAGCAGGGGCCAUGUCCGGAGGAGGUUGCCGUCCUCAACUCCUUGGAGACGGCGCAGCAAGAAGAGGAGGACCGGCGCCUGCGUGCCAUCACAAGAAAGGAGACUAAGGACUGCAUCCUUAGGCGCACUCUAGAGAUCUCCGCUGCAGAAGCGGAGCACGCCGCCCGGAGGAAGGAUCAACGGGUGGUGAUGGAGGUGGAACGUCGCCGGCGCGUGGCUGCAAGGAAAGAACGGGAGGAGGCGGCGACGGAGAAGGAGCGGAAGGGGCACAAGAACUAG